CGGACACACACUCCUCCCCCUCCCUCCUCCCCCUCCCCUGUGCUGGCUAGCUUGCGGCUGGCAGACGGCAUGUGUGAGGGAGAGCUCCAUCCCGUCUCUGAUCCUCGGUAGUGGUGCGCUUACCGCCAGUCCCAGCAGCCGAGCCGGCACGGUGUGUCAGGAUUAUCGUCUCCUCUCCGCUGACCCGAGGCCCGCCUCCGUCUCUCGUUCCCCGGCACCCAGGUUGUAUCUGAUCAACACAGUCCUCCUCGACUCCAUUUGUGGUCAGAUUGUGGCCAGACCGCAAAGUCAUAGACCGGGAACGAAUCAGAAACUGUCUUCAGCUUUCUUUCUGUGUAUCCUGCCAGUGUCUUGAAUCCCAGGGGGAGAGACACCUGCACCGACCAGCGCUCAUCACCCGGUUCCAGUCCACCUCAUCAGGAGAGUCCACCCCCUGCCCCAGGCGUGAUGGCAGACGGCCGGCAGCCCCAGGACAGCGCCCCGCAGUGGGCCCCCCCAGGAGCCCAGGAGCAGGCGCCCCCUGCUGCCCACAGCGAGAACGGCUACUCCUAUAGAACCUGCCAGCCGGGCGAUGCCCACGCCGCUGCCACUGCGUCCUACCCUGCCGCUAAAGAGAACGGCUUCAACGGGGACCUGUCUGGUGGGCACGUGGUGACAGCAGUCGAAGACUCCACCAAUUUGCCCCCCUCCCCUCCACCCUCUCCAUCUGCCGAGCAGUUCGGACCUCUGGAGCAAGGGGAUGAGGAGGAGGCACGCCCUCUCCAACGCUUCCAAAAUUCUCGGGAGAGGUGCAAGUUCCUCGCUCCCUCCAUCUCGGUGUCUGUGCCCGACGAUGACCCCUCCCGCUCUGACGAGGAGUACUUUGAGCACCCCUUGUUCAGCCCCGAGUGGACGCGGCAUGGCUAUCGCCCCUCGGGGCAGGCUGCCGCCUUUAGACAGAUCGAAGAAGAAGAGCCCGUAGAGGGUCUCACAGCAGCUGAGGAGGAAGAGGAGAUUGCAGCAGCAGCUCUUGAGGAACAAGAGCGGCAGAGUGGGGAGGAACCUGACCAGGGGCCCGAGGAACCUGAGCAAGGGCCAGAGAAACCUGAGCAGGGGCCAGAGAAACCUGAGCAGGGGCCAGAGAAGCCUGAGCAGGCGCCCGAGGCGGAGCACUUAGAGCAGGCAGAGAUCUUAGACGAGGCCCAGGCGCGGCCCUGCCCGCAGGCCGAGGCAGCUAGUGUGCACACAGAAGCCCUGAACGGGAGUGGCGAUGAGGCAGGGUUGGAAAAGUCUCUUCAGGAAGCCCUGAAGAUGGACGAAGGGAAGCCAGACAGUGGGCGGACCGCGCCCGUCAGCUCAGACUUCACAGAGGCAAAGAAAGGUCCGGAGGAGCCCACAGUAUUGCACAGCCCUGUGCCGCUCACUUCCGAGAAAGAGGAAGAAUCUCUCCCCUCGAAAGCCGUCCCAGAGAGCCCCGCCCCUGCCCAUUUGAAUGGACAGAAACACCCUAAGGAGACCAGUGAACCUCCUACUGCACAGCCCGACAAGGCAUCUCAGCAGCCAGUUGACAUAGAAAAGAGGGAGGAGAAGACGGAUCCCUCCAAAGCAGCUGCAGAACCAGAGGGUAAACCUGGCCCUAAGACCACUGCUGAAAAAGAGGCUUCUGAGGAAGCGCAUGAGGGAGGCAGUCUCAUGGCAAAACCUGUCCACUCCCAGGAUGGCCAGGAUGACAAAGAAAUUAAAAUGGAUGAUAAGCUAAAGGGUAUUAGUGGAGACAAGGAGGUAAAACCUGAGGAGAAAGAAAAGGAAAUAACAAAAGUAGAUGAGAGUAAAGAAAUUCAGGGAGCCGCUCUCAAAAAACCUGGUGGGGAUGCUGAAAAGGAGGAGGCAAAAACACAGGCUGUCUCCUUGGAUAGCGAGACAAAGGUAGAGACCCCUGCUCCAGGCAAGUCUGUGAGUGAAAAGGAAGAACCAAAGAUUCACGCAGAAACCGUUGAUCGCUCAGAUGCUUUGGAUGUCGAAAAGGACAAAUCUGGAAUGUCAGCCUACUUUGAGACUACGGCCCAGAAGGAAGAGGAAGUUAGCAGGCAAGAGGAAGGCUACUAUGAGCUGAGUGACGCACGAGAUAAGGAACGUUCUGAGACAGUCGUGGCUGCUUCAUCUGCUGAAGUCGACUAUACCACACUGGUACAGGCACAGCCUACAGAAGCCAGAAGGAGCCCUGUGGAGGAGUUGAGAUCCAUUCCAGCCACAGAGAGGAAGGAUGAGGGCAGGCUCUCACCUGGGAAGCUGUCACUUGAGCAGAGGAGUUACUCUCUGAACAUCCCCCUUGCUUCCAUGGAGCAAAGCGGUGGGCAAGGACGGCCAAGGAAUUUCUCUCCAUUAGCCACAGAUAUCAUGUCCUAUACCAGCGGAAGCCUUGAUGAGUCCGCAGACUACCUUCCAGUCACCACUCCUUCUGUGGAGAAGAAACCGGUUUUCCCCCCCAUGAUUCUGGAGACUGCACCGUCUGUUAGUACUCCGCCCUCCUCACCUCCUGCAGCAUUAGCUAGUGCAAAGACAAGCCCUCGGUCUGAGUCUCCUGAAUCACCCUUCCCCAUGAAAUACUACAAGAACGGCACGGUUAUGGCCCCUGAUCUUCCUGAAAUGCUGGACCUUGCUGGUGCCAGACCGAGACUGACAUCUGAGAGCACUGAUCCAGAAAUGAUGAGGAGGAAAUCUGUACCUGCUAAUGUCCUCAUGGGUGAUUCUUUAGCUCAUUUAGUGUUGGGAGAUCAGAAGGCAGCAAGAAGUGAUCCCCAACUGGAGGAACUGGGAUACUGUGUUUUUAAUGAGUAUUCUGGCCCCAUGCCAUCCCCUGCUGAUGUACAUAGUCCCACUGACUCUCCUCCCCAGAUGUUCCCCACAGUGAUGUCCGAGGAGGACAAGGGUGUAGGGGUGAUGGCAGCAGAAGUAGGGAAAGUUGAAGAUGUGCCAGGUAAGAAAGAAGCCAUAGGAGAAGAACCCAAAGAUAAGACACAAGAAGAAGCUGAAACGUCCAAAGAAAAAGAACUGGAGGCGGUUAAACAAAAGCGUCCAGUUGAAGACAAAGGUAAAGUAUGUGUCUCUGCUGAAGGCCUUAAAGUUGAAGAUAUCAAAUCUGAACAAAAGGGCAAACCUACAGAACCACUUGAUGAAAAACCAAAGGAUUUAAGCCUGAAGACUGGGCUGACCAGUGAUAUUAAAGACCAAAUCAUUCCCGAAGUGGAAGAGCAAGAUCUAUCAAGGGAGGCCUCUCCUAUCCCACCAGACAGAUUCGAUAUAGCACCUGAGGAGGUUCAACCUGAUAUAUCAGCUGAAUCAGCCGUGAUGCCCUCGGUAACCAUCACUCUUGAUGAAACAAAGCCUGAGCUAGACAGAGAUGCCAAACUAGCAGCAGAGGCUGAAAUAGCUGAUGCUGAAAGGAAGAUACGUAAGUUGGAAAUGGAGGACAGACCUUUAAGUUUGGAAGAGGAGCGUGAACUGCAGGAGCUGAGAGAGAAGGUGAAGGAUAAGCCGGACUUGGUGCACCAGGAAGCCUAUGAGGAGGUUGACGCAGAGGAUGUCUACCAGCUUACUGGUGUGGCAAAGGACAGAAUUGCACAACCCAUAAGACCAUCGCCAGCCUCAUCAGUAGAGAGUGCUACAGAGGAGGAAAAAGUUGAUGUUUGUGAACUAGAGAAGCUUAAGCAGCUAGAGGAGACAGUUUCUCUGAAAGCAGACCUCAUGAAAGAGGAGACCGCAGAAGAAAAAGGCCCAGAAGUCCCAUCAAAGCCAGAAGAGCCUAUUCCAGUCACCACUCCUGUCCAAGAAGAAGAGAGAAGGAAAGAGGAAGAGCAAGUCCCAUCAAAACCAGAAGAACCUAUUCCAGUCACCACUACUGUCCAAGAACAAGGGAAGAGGAAAGAGGAACAGGAAGUCUCAUCAAAGCCAGAGGAACCUAUUCCAGUCACCACUCCUGUCCAAGAAGAAGAGAAGAAGGAGGAAGAGCAAGUCCCAUCAAAACCAGAAGAACCUAUUCCAGUCACCACUCCUGUCCAAGAAGAAGGGAAGAGGAAAGAGGAACAGGAAGUCCCAUCAAAGCCAGAGGAACAUAUUCCAGUCACCACUCCUGUCCAAGAAGAAGAGAAGAAGGAGGAAGAGCAAGUCGCGUCAAAACCAGAGGAACCUAUUCCAGUCACCACUACUGUCCAAGAAGAAGGGAAGAGGAAAGAGGAACAGCAAGUCCCAUCAAAGCCAGAGGAACCUAUUCCAGUCACCACUCCUGUCCAAGAAGAGAAGAAGGAGGAAGAGCAAGUCCCGUCAAAACCAGAGGAAUCUAUUCCAGUCACCACUACUGUCCAAGAAGAAGGGAAGAGGAAAGAGGAACAGGAAGUCCCAUCAAAGCCAGAAGAACCUAUUCCAGUCACUACUCCUGUCCAAGAAGAAGAGAGGAAGAAAGAGGAACAGGAAGUCCCAUCAAAGCCAGAGGAACCUAUUCCAGUCACCACUCCUGUCCAAGAAGAGAAGAAGGAGGAAGAGCAAGUCCCGUCAAAACCAGAGGAAUCUAUUCCAGUCACCACUCCUGUCCAAGAAGAAGAGAGGAAGAAAGAGGAACAAGAAGUCCCAUCAAAGCCAGAGGAACCUAUUCCAGUCACCACUACUGUCCAAGAAGAAGGGAAGAGGAAAGAGGAACAGGAAGUCCCAUCAAAGCCAGAGGAACCUAUUCCAGUCACCACUCCUGUCCAAGAAGAGAAGAAGGAGGAAGAGCAAGUCCCGUCAAAACCAGAGGAAUCUAUUCCAGUCACCACUCCUGUCCAAGAAGAAGAGAGGAAGAAAGAGGAACAGGAAGUCCCAUCAAAGCCAGAGGAACCUAUUCCAGUCACCACUACUGUCCAAGAAGAAGGGAAGAGGAAAGAGGAAGAGGAUGAUGAGAUAGAACUGGGUGAGGAGCCUGAUGAAGUCAUGGAAGAAGUCAAAGCACCAGAAUUAUUAGGAGAAGAGAAGGAUCGUGAAAAACCUGUAGAGGAGGAGGUGGUUGAAGGGGCAAAAGCUGCAGCCAAGGAGCCACUGGAGCCUCGAGCCGUCAUUGAAUCAGUGGUCACCGUGGAGGACGACUUCAUCACGGUAGUGCAGACUAUUGACGAGGGAGAGCAACCUGGCCACAGUGUCCGCUUUUCCGCCCCACCCGAAGAUGAACCACAGGUCCCUCGGGAAGAGGAAGAAGAGGAGGAAGAGGAGGAAGUAGAGCCUAUUGAGAUGGCACAGGAGGUUGUGAUGGAGCCCGCCAGUAUGGAGGUUGUUUCAGAUGUUCCAGAGGUCCCUGCGACACCCACCUCUCCCGUGAAGGAGGCAGCAUCAGAGAGCGAGCUCCAAACGGAGACUUAUGAUGACUACAAAGAUGAGACAACCAUUGACGACUCCGUCUUAGACACAGAUAGCGCCUGGGUGGACACUCAAGAUGACGACAGGAGCAUCAUGACAGAAAAAAUUGAACCCCUCCCCAAAACGCAGAGUCCCGUCAAGAAGCCAUCUGAGGAAAAGCGCACAAAGGGGAAGGCUAUGGGCCGGGUGAAGGGGCGUGUCUCCACCCCUGAGCGUAGGCCCGUCCGAAAGGAGCCUAGCUCCACCCCCAGGGAUGAGGUCAAGAAGAAAAAAGCUGUGAUUAAGAAGGCUGAUCUUACUAAAAAAUCAGACAGUCAGACGCGCUCUCCCACCCGGAAAAGCGUGUAUAAGCCUGCGGCCAGACAGCCCAGGCCUGCCCAGCUCCACGUCAGUACUAAACGGAAACCCACAGCCAUGGCAGUGACAGAAGGCCGGCAGCCCGUCAGCGUGGCCCAAAAGUCCAGGGACAGGACCGCAGAUGGCAGCUCACGGAGCCCGGAGAAGAGGUCCUCCCUGCCUCGCCCUGCCUCAAUUCUGACUCGUCGAACUCAGCCAACAGACCAAGACACCUCCACCUCCAUCACCAGCUCAGACUCCACUACACCCCGCCGCCCCACCUGGACCGAGCCAGCACACUCGCGUUCAGCACGCAGUGGCACCUCCACCCCCCGAACCCCUGGCUCCACCGCCGUCACCCCUGGCACCCCACCCAGCUACUCCUGCCGCACCCCGGGUACGCCCCGCACACCCGGCACACCCAAGUCCCUCAGUCUGCUGUCUCAGGAGAAGAAAGUAGCCAUCAUCCGCACGCCGCCGAAGUCUCCAGCCACCACACCCAAGCAGCUCCGUCUCCUCAACCAGCCGAUGCCCGAUCUCAAGAAUGUCAAGUCCAAGAUCGGCUCCACGGAAAACAUCAAGUACCAGCCUAGGGGGGGCCAGAUUCAGAUUUUAAACGAGAAGCUGGACUUCAGUCACGUACAGUCAAAGUGUGGAUCCAAGGAUAAUCUGAAGCACUCUCCCCAUGGAGGCAAUGUGCAAAUCCAGACCAAGAAGAUUGACCUGAGUCACGUGACCUCCAAGUGUGGAUCUUUGGACAACAUCCGUCAUCGACCAGGUGGUGGCAACGUGCGAAUUGAGAGCGUGAAGCUAGACUUCAGAGAAAAGGCCCAAGCCAAGGUUGGCUCCCUGGAGAACGCCCAUCACAUCCCUGGGGGAGGCCAGGUUGUGAUCGAGAGCCACAAGCUGAUGUUCCGGGACGCGGCGAAGGCGCGCGUGGACCAUGGAGCCGAAAUCGUGAGCCAGUCCCCCCGGAUGUCGGGCGGCGCCUCCCCCCACCGCCUCAGCAACAUGUCCUCCUCGGGCAGCAUCAACCUGCUGGAGUCCCCGCAGCUGGCCACCCUGGCUGAGGACGUCACCGCUGCGCUGGCUAAGCAGGGCUUAUGAGCGCCAAGCUCUUACACGCAAAAACCCCCCACCCACCCUCCAUCUGCCCCACCACUCGACCCAUUAAGAAAUAAAAUAAAAAGUAAAAUCCUCCUGGGACUAUAGUGACUGUAUCUAGGGAAAAAAAAAGCUUUCAUUUUUGUUCUGAUUACAUCAGAAAGAUGCGUUUCUCUUUUUUUGUUUGAGUUUUCUAUGGUUUAGAUAGACAGUGCUGCCUGGUGCUGAUCUGGGAUAAGCUUUGGCUGUUUUCUAAAAAACAAAAAACAGGACAAAUAAAGGUUAAGGUCAGCAUGAAGCGCUGGGUCAGCUGGUCCUGGAUCAGUGCCUGGGGACCCUAUCUAUCCAGAGCAUUUUCUGUGAUAGCUAGGAAGUGACACUCCAUGCGGAACAUGUUGUUGUGCUCUGUCAGUGCAUGGACAGCUGAUACAAAUAUGCAUCACUCAUCAGCACUCCUCCCAGCCAAGUCAUGCUAGACCAACAUGUAUUAUAUAUGCUAUUAGAAAGAAAGGUAUGUGUAAUAUACCAAGCUGUUUUACAGCAUCAUCUCUGAAGUCAUAUGUUAAAAGAGGAAUAACACCCUACAACACAUCCUUUAAUAUUACAAGAAUCAGAAUAUGGUAUGACAAGCAUGUAUCAAUUCUAGUACAAAAAAAAGGUUAUUUUCUAUUUUGAACAAAGGAUUUUAGUAAGUUAUUUCCUGAUUCAGAGAAUGAAAUGAAUAAUUCAUGUUUUGUAGAUAUUAGUAUUUAUGUUGCUCUGGUACUGCCCACUGAUCACGUUUCAGCCCUGUCUCAGAUGCCAGAGAUGCCAGAAAACUAAUAUUACAGAGCAUUUCUUUUACAGAGACCAGUGGGCUUUUUCAGCUUGAUCUGGUUGUGCUUUCUCGGUAUAAAGCUGUGCGAUUCAUGUGGGCUGUUAACACUGAAUGUCUUAACACUGAAACACGAUCAAGAAAGGACAGUACUUGCAGACUAGUCAGCCUAACAGUAGUGUUCUAUAUACUAAAAGCAAUAGGCUUUCCUCAUUCACUGAUGUUGAUUCAGCCUUCUGCAUGAGGAGCAGAUGGACGUUGAAUGAUUCUGAAGGCAUUGAAUUCACAGAGUCCACUCUCCCCUUUAUACCUUUAGCUUUCGGCAGCCUCUGCAGUUCUGCUUUCAGUGCCAUUUGAAAAUAGAUGUUGGGGGAUCUGAGGGCUUGCAGUCAUCUGAGAAAACACAUUAACAGUAUCAAGCAUAUCAUUUGAGAGUGUUCAGCUUUGGGACAGAUGUUGGACGCUGAAAUCACGUUCUAGAGCUGUGUCUAUUCAAGUCACAAGUAGACUAGGUUGGUUUUGUGUAUAAAUUUAGAAGAAAAGAAAAGAAAAAAAAAAAAAUAUACAUAAAAAACAGAAAUGAAGAAAUAAGGAAAAUCAAACACCGUGCAUCUGAUUGAUGACGUUACAAUACACUUUAUAUCUGUCACCAUUUGUGGUAUCCCCUCCAGGAAUUCCCAGUGUUUGUAAGGCUUCUGUGUUUUCCUGCAAUCCUUCCAAGUAUAAAUGUGUUUAAGAGGUCAUGUAGAUGUGUGUAGUUCCCCCUGUAGAAAUGACACUGAUAACAAACGCUCUUAAUUAAUUAACAGUAAUAAAAAGCAUUAGCAUGAAGUGCUUUCUGGAGCAUCCCAAAGCAGUUACCGAUUUUGGCUUAACGGUAGUCAUGAUUGGGACCCAAGGGCUUGAGUGGUGGUGGGUGUUAGGGAAGUUAGCUGAGAGUCGGGCAUGGAGCAGUCAGGAGCUGAGUUUAAGUUUGAGCUUUGCUGAAGUCGAGUGGGUGGAACCGGGAAGUUGGAUGUCUCUCGCGGCGUUCACCGCACACUGACAGUCCAUUGAAAACAUACGCACACAAGCGCUUGAGCAGACAACGGUAAACAGGCACAAUGAAAAAGGGAAAAAGGAAAAAAAAAAAAGAGAGGUUAGAACAUACGGUGAGGUCAGAAGUCAUACUGUGCAAAUCAGUUGUCCUGCAUCUUUGACUGAUUUCUCCAGUAACCGCUUUGGUGUUCUGUGUCUUAAGUGCUGUGCUAUCAAAUGGCCUUAAAAAGACAGCCUUUUUUAUGCUGUGCAAAUCUUGGGCGACUGCAUUGGGGUAAAGGUAUGCCUCAGUUGAUUGAUAGCAUAUGUUCUCACUUGCAUAUCAGGUUGCUUUCAUGGGGUUUCUGUCGUGAAGACGUGCACCCAAAUGUGUCCAGAGUUCCAAUUUUUGUAGUAUUCUCAUUCGAAAAAGGUUUUUCCUUAUCUCAUUAAAGACAGCAACAUGCAAAUGUCUAAAAUAUAACACAACAUAAGUUGCCAUCCAAGCCUUGUAUUCACAUGCAGGCAAUUAAGAAAGAGAUUCAUAACCACUUUUGUGAUGUUCUAUAUAAAAGGAAACCUUUCCACAUUCAAACCAAGAAUAUCUCAUGUUUACAUUUUUAUAAACCGUAGUUCAUAUAUGACCAAAACCUGUGUUGUGUUAAGUGUGCUGAAUGGCAAAAAGGUUAGGAUCUGGAGUUUUUAUUUAGCAUGCGAAGUUUUUACCAGACCCAGGGUUGAAAAAGUUCACAGGGUUUGCUGUGAUUUAUAAUAGAUGGCAUAGAGAGGUAACAAGUGAAACAAUAGAUAAAGUUUGUUAAUGUUGCAGUAAAUUUUCUCUUGUAAGGGCACGUUUUGUAACUCUCUGCUUUGUAUUCAGGCAUGGCCUUCUUACAGCAAACAUGCAGAAAAGCAUAGUAUAUAAUUUUGAAUAUUCUGUGAUCUCAUUGGUGAGUACUGUACAUUAGCACCAGCUGCCUGGUAAUAUAUAAUAGCUUUAGCCAUGUGUCCCAAACAGAAAGGGUGCAUCUUUCUGGGGCAGAAUUUUAGGCAUCUGCUAUAUAAAAUGUCAUAUCCUGAAUGGCAGGUUGCAUGGAGUGCUUCUUUUUGAGGUGCCUUAGUCAAAGGGAAUUCAAAGGGUACAGACAAUGUAUCCUUCUGAGGUGAGCAGGGAAUAUUUCUUUUUCGGUGGAGAGGACAGGAAGUGAAAGAUGACUUUGCUACCUGACUAGCCGAGAAUUCAUGUACAAAAGUGAGUAAUUAACCAGGUUGUUUGUUAGGUUGGGUAGUAUUCAAAUGUACAGUAUGUGUUAGGGUAAUUUAUUUAUUUCAGACAACAUUUAAAUUAUUGCUAAUCUCCGCUAAAUUAAAAAGGUUGCUACCUAGCUAGCUAGAUAACCUGGUUAAACUGUACCCGGCAAGAACCUUGCAAGUUAGGUAAUAUGUUAGGUUAACCUGGGAGUGAGGAAGUCAGGACAGUUUGCUAGUGUCUGCUUUGUGUAAAAUUAUCAUGCAACUUUGCUGACUUAGGAUGUUCACCUCUGAGACCAUCCCAAACACGCUUUUAUUUGCAGACAGUCACCUUGUUAGUUCUAGGAUGGAGAUUCUGUUAUCACCAGAUAUUCAGCUCCAGUAUUCCCCCUCCAUCUUGGAGCUCCCAGUUGGUAACAGGAGAUCCCUCUACUGUCUGCAUUCUUGUGCUGACUGUGGAUGUUCUGCUUUGGACCACACCCCUUCAACAGUGUUCAUGAUGAUCCGACAAAUCAGAACACUUGUAGUUUCAACAGUGGCAGAGAUAUAAUUUUCAGUGUGACGUUAUGAGCUGACUAUCUGGUGUGCAGUGUACACUGCUGCUGUACAAUGCACUCGAGGUAGGACCUAGCCAGCAGUCAGCAUCCUUUUGUUUCAGACAGUCAGCAUGUUGAAAAAAAUCCUCCCCUCCCCGUCAUUAGCGCAUGAGAAAGGGCUUUAACCCUUAUAAAAGUGGCACUAAACCCUAUGAUCACCAAGGCACCUUAAGUCAACCUUAAGUAUUUCCAUCUUUAUUUUGAAGCAAGGUACGAAUGGCCGCAUUUAGUGUUUGGGCAGAUUGAUGAUGAAUCUGCUUGUGAUGACUUCACCUAUGUAGGACGG